UAUCAUUAUUUUGAAUAUAAAAGCAAGAUGUUAAAUAAAUUUAUUUUGCUCUUGUUAUUCAUAUUUACAAAAAGUUUUGGGUUUGAUAUAGGCCUAAAUAUUAAGAUAUCCGUAAGACACGAUCUUGAUAAUGGAAUAAAUAAUGAAAAUAUUAAAGAACAAAGUCAGAAAUCCAGAUCAAGCAAAAUUCUCUCGUAUAUAUUGAAAUUUAUUUUAGAAACAUUAAAACAGAUUUUUAUUUAUUUCUUAAAUGAAAUGUAUGAACUGCAUGAAAAUGCGUCAAAUAUAACGUUUUUAGCUGAUGUUUCUGUAGAUCUGAAUUUCAUAAUCAAAAGUUUAUUAAGGAAUGAUAAAAGUAUUUGUUUUAUGGAUAAACGAAAAAACUACUCUAGUACAGAAAAUGUCUCAAAUUCCGUUUAUCUUACUUUUAUGCGAAAAUGGAGGAGAGAUUGGAUAGAAGAUGAGAUGCUUUUAUAUAACUGGAAGCAUCUCAUUGUUUCUUUAUAUGUUUCAACUAAAUUCUGUAAACAAAUAAUUAUCCUGGAAAAUAAUAUAAAGAUAAAAAAUGAGGAAAAUAUAUUUCGCUAUAAAAUUGAAAAUUUAACUGCUUACCAUCAAAAUAAUUUUAGUUUAGGAAGCGAAAAUACGACCAAAAUUAACUUAAAUUUAAGUGAUAUCGAAGAGUAUCCAAACAUGUCAUCUGAAGUAACAAAUGAAAAAUCUAUUGUUUUUAUAUUCGAGAUUGCCAACAGAAAUAUAAUUUGUUCGAACAUUAUGAGAAGUUCUCAGAAUAAUUCUAAAAUGCAUAACAAUGUUUUAAAUUAUCAAAUUGCAUUACCAGUUAAGCAAAAUUAUAAAAUUAGUGUAUGGAUUGGAACAAUUUUAUGCUUAUCGAUUAUUUGCUUUUGUUUUUAUUUUUUCCUGCCCAAAAUUUCGGAUAAACAAACCUCUGAAAAUAUACAAUCUGGUAAUGACGACGAACCCGAGAGAAAAGAUAAGGAACUACGAAAUGACAACUUACAGGACUGUAACGAUACUGAGUGUAGUAAUGAAAACCAAAUUUUACAAAUGUCUUUUAAAACAGACAUAAUUCAAAGUCCAGUACUUAUAAUAGAUCAACUGAAAAUAGAUUUUACAAACGUUAUGGAAGAGCUGCAGGAAACAGUAGAACAAAGCACUAUCAAAUGGGAAAGCAAUGUAUUUAACAUGUUAAGUGAAUUGAAAUCAAUUGAAAAACUAGGAGAAAGUAUAAUCUUGGACAUUCAAACUGAAAUUGAAUCAAUAGAACAACUGAUGAACAACAUAAAAGGAAUUGACAGAAAGUAUCAAUGGAUAGAAGAUAAUCAUGAGAAAUUGAAACGAUGGUUUUCAGAAUUUGAAAGUUAUAAAACUGAAAUUGAACAAAAAUUACAACGAUUCGAAGACUACAUUAAAAAAAAUAAAUUCGAUAAUAUAUAUAAUCGCACUUCAAUGUAUUCAAGAAGAAUAUUAGAACCGUAUAGAAAAAUUACUUCAGAUUAA